GCCGAGAGUGUGUUGUAUAGUAGCGGGCACAGAGAGUAUUACUUAGUAGUAGGUCGCCGCCGGCCAGCGACGCUUCACGAUUCGAGAAAAGGCGAUAAAACCGAUAUAGAGUGUAGAGUGUAACCCCCCCUUGCCUAUACACAUUAUCGACACUUUGUGCUUUUCUUCAUCAUAGACUCGCUGUUGGGCUUGUUUACUUCGAUUCACAGCUGGGACGCGUAUAAGACGCACACCGAGAGAAAAUUCGUUCUUACGAGGAGUGAAAGCGAGUAAUCCGCAUACACGCGCCGAGACUAUGCGAUCGCUGCAGCAGCGCUGACUCUCCUGGCAUCCACACUGUGUGUGUGUGUGUGUGUAUCAACAAUGCGUCGGGACCUGUCGAUCGUCCUCUGCCUGGCGGCGCUGUCGUGCGCUGCCGGUCUCAACAGGAACAGGGGAUACAUCUUCACGGCGCCGAAACGACUGAUCGCCGGUGAGACUGAGAACGUGUGCCUGUCGCUGCACAACCUGGAGUCGCCUGUGCACGUGAGCGUCGAUCUGCUGGCGACAUCGAGCGCAGCCGGCCCCGUCACGCCAGCUUCUGCCGGUGGGGCUCUCGUUGAGGACGAUAUUCUUGGAAGCGCGAAGAACACUCUCAAAUCCGGAGUGGAGACGUGCCUGGAGCUGAGGGUGACCAGCAGUACGAAGUAUAGCGCUGCGAAGUUAAGGCUGAGGCUCAAAUUCGACAAACACCCGGAUUACGUCGUCGACACCGAGAAGAAGGUCUUCAUCGAACACGACGCUCUUGUCACCUUCGUCGAGACUGAUAAGGCUAUCUAUAAACCCGGCCAGGAUGUCAAUAUCAGGAUACUCACGCUUAGGCACGACCUUAAACCCUGGAUAAAAGCGAUACCCAAAGUUUGGAUCGAAAACCCGUCGGAAGUGCGGGUGGCUCAAUGGACUAAUGUGACGACGGAGAAUGGGAUGGCACAGCUAACGUUUCCGCUCUCGACUGAGCCCAGCUCUGGAAUAUGGAGGAUCAAAGUCGAGAAGAACCGGCCGCAACUGGUGCAUACUUCGACGUUCGAAGUGAGGAAGUACGUUCUUCCGCGAUUUCAAGUAACCAUCGGAGCUCCGAGCUACAUUCUCGCGGACGCUCCAAACGCUACCUGGAAAGUGUGCGUCAGGUACAGCUACGGCGAGCCUGUAAAGGGAAAGCUCCUGCUGAGCUUGCGACCGCAGACUCCGAUCUGGAAACGCAAGCAGACCGUUGCUGAUAUUAAUUACGAAGAAACUCUGGAUGCCAAGUCGGACGGCUGCAUGAAUUACACAGUGAGUGCUCAAGUUCUGGGUCUACCGCACUGGAAGGUUGCGCCAAACAACGUUGUGUUGCUGGCCAAUUUCACAGAGGCCAAAAGCGGUGUCGUCGAGACGGCCACCAGUCGCUCCCCCGUCAUGCACCAGCCACUCAAGCUUGAGUUCUCGCCGCAUACGCUCAAGUAUUUCAAACCUGGACUACCCUAUCAUGGAAAGCUUCGAGUAUUACGAGCGGAUGCUUCGAGCCCGGCUCCGAAUGAAAAGAUCCAAGUGUGUCUGAGGAUCCGUCGCAAGGACGAGUGGCAGCGCUCGGUCGUCGAGUGUCGCAACUUUACUUCUUCUAACGCCGACGGAUUUCUGGACUUUAUUGUGCCUCCGCAAAACAAGAAUAUCGUGCUUUUGAGCUUUGUCGCAACGGCAGUCAAUUAUCCCACCAAGUACUAUUCACCUGACAAACGCUGGAGGGUAUUCGUAGACCAACCGUCCGCGUACAUCGAUGUCGAACCUUGGUACUCUCCUUCAUCGAGCUAUCUUUCUGUGACGCGAGGUUCGCAACCCUUGGUCUGUGGUGAAAAAUACUCCUUCAAUGUAAUGUACACAAGCGGUACCAGUAGUACCGUCAACGCCACCAAUCUCAGUCCCGAUGAUACCGAACCAAUCAGUUUCCACUACUCGAUCAACUCCAAAGGCGACCUCCUGGUCUUCGGCCACGUCAAAUAUAAGCCACGCAAGGACACGCUCCUUGACUAUUCCGAGUUCAGGCAUGUGCUCGGAGCCGGAGCAGGUAGUAAGCCCAAUCCAUCGGUGCACCGCUUUCCACUGAGCGUCAAAAUAACGGCGAGUAUGGCUCCAGUCUCGGAGCUAUUGCUCUACUAUGUGCGCCCGGACGGUGAGGUCGUCACCGCGAGCCAUAGCAUCGAGGUCGGCCACUGCUUCGAGAACAAGGUCAAGACUGCCUGGCAACAGGAAAAACAGAGUCCCGGCUCGCUCGCCAAAUUCCAUGUCGAGGCAACGCCGUUGUCUCUUUGCGGCAUCUCUGCCGUCGACAAGUCUACAAGGUUCCUCACACAGUCGCAACCGGUGUCGAGUGAAGGUGGCAGUGCCGCUUCUACUGGAUCGAAUCUGUUAGAGCCCGAGGCGACUUUUGCUAGAUUGAAACCCUUCCAUUUACCACCUGAGACCAUGCCUAUGCAGAGCACCUGGGCCCAUUGCGACAAGUCUCAAGGAGCCGAGGAUAGUAAUAGCGACGAGGGGCCAAUGGAAGAAAUUGACCACUUACCGAAACCAGCCGCUCGAAACAAGAGGCAUUCCGUAACGUACAAUGUUGCUGCCAACUACGUUGAUGCAAUACAAGCUUUUGAUGAUUUUGGAACGAUCGUGAUGAGCGAUCUGAUUUUAGAGUCACGACCUUGUCCUCCCUGGCGCUCGAGUUUCGGACGCGUACCGCUAGGACCUUCAUCCGACGAAAUCGAUGAACCUGACAGAAUGUUAAAGGCUGUGAAAGCGAUGCCGCUGGCUUUCCAGUUCGGCGCCCCUGGCAUUCCAGGUCCCGAAGCAUCACCAAUGGGUCAAGAUGUGAAUUACGUUAACCCGACAUCAAUGGAAUCGCAAACCUCUACCAUUGUCCGAUCUUACUUCCCGGAAACUUGGAUAUGGGAACUUGUCCCUACUGGAAAGGACGGCCGAGCAACGAUCGAGCGUCAGCUGCCGGACUCGAUAACCGACUGGAUUGGCAACACGGUCUGCAUCUCUUCAAAGAGUGGCUUGGGUAUCGGGAAUCCCGUGCAGAUCACAUCAUUCCAGCCGUUCUUCCUCGAUUACAGCCUGCCCUACAGCGUCAAGCGAGGCGAGCAGCUGCGCCUCAAGGUAUCGCUCUUUAAUUACAUGCAGCACAGUCUGCCGGUGCUGAUCAAGCUGUUGGAUCACGAGGGUCUCGAUCUCGGGUUCAAUAGCUCUUCCGAGGCUUCCUACUGUCUCGGACCGAGAGAUAGCAUCGUCCACGAGUUUCCGUUACUACCAAGAGAACUCGGCGAGAUAAACGUCACCGUCGCUGCGGAGGUCGACAAAGAACGCGCCGAAGCUUGCGGAGCUCCAACGCCGCUACCCGAUAAUAGGGAUGAAAUAAUCAAGCCUGUGUUGGUAAAGACUGAGGGCUUUCCAGUGGAAAUAAGCAGAUCGUCGUUCCUGUGUCCCCGAGACUUCAGUGACGACACUUCGCUGGUCUGGGAGUUGGAGCUGCCAAGGCCCGAGGAUGAGCAGGUGGUCGAGGGCAGCGUCUCCGCCUACGUCUCGCUAAUCGGUGACGUGCUCGGACCCGCCCUCGAGAAUCUCGAACAGCUCGUCAGACUACCCAUGGGUUGCGGAGAGCAGAACAUGAUACUUUUCGUACCUAAUAUCCAUGCGAUCGCCUAUCUCGAUGCCAUUAACAGGCAGACGGGGUCCGAAAUGAGGGCCAGAGCUAUCAAGAAUAUGCAGAAAGGCUACCAAAGAGAAUUGAAUUAUCGACACCCCGACGGCUCGUACUCGGCGUUCGGCGCAGCAGCGGACGAAGCGGGUAGCGGCUCGAUGUGGCUAACGGCCUUCGUUGUAAAAUCUUUCGCACAAGCCCGCUCCAUUAUCCAGAUAGACGAGCGCGAUCUGAAGCUCUCGGUCAAGUGGAUAGUUCGCCGCCAGCUGGAGAACGGCUGCUUCCCGGUGGUCGGCCAAGUCUUCCACAAGGACAUGAAGGGUGGCCUCCGCGAGGAGGACGGCAGCUCCUCGGCCCUCACGGCCUACGUUCUCAUAGCUCUGCUCGAGUCCGGAGUACCUCUGAGCGCAGCCCUCGUUAACAACGCUCUCUACUGUCUGGAGAAGGCCAGCGUGUCCGACCACUUUGCCGACAAUCCUUAUACUGGUGCACUGACGACCUACGCCCUGGCCUUACUAGAGCACCCUAGGGCCAACGAAAGCUUGCGCUCGCUCAUGGGACGCGCCUCGCGACAGAAGGAUCUGCUCUGGUGGGAGGACAAGAGUCGACCUGGCUCGCUUGCUCUGAGCAUCGAGAUGACGUCUUAUGGGCUGCUGUCGCUUAUCAAGCUCGGGGGAGAGAAUAAUACCUUGGAAGCUCUGCGAGUCGUGCGAUGGCUCUCGAAGAAGCGCAAUGCCGAGGGUGGCUUCAGCUCGACUCAGGACACGGUGCUUGGGCUUGAGGCGCUCACCAAGUACGCGCUCAAGAUGGCUAAUGCUAGCGCGACCGAGCUUUCGGUCUUGCUCACCGCUAAUGAUAUGGAGAAGCUUUUCAAAAUCAACGACGAGAACCGUAUGCUGCUCAACAGGGUCGAACUGCCCACUUUACCCACGACGCUUGAGAUCUUUGCCGAAGGCGAGGGCUGUCUUCUCGUUCAGAGUAGCCUCAGAUACCACAAAGCCAAGGCCUCGGGCUCGGAGGCAUUCGACCUGUCUACCAGUACAGCAAGCGUCUCGACGGCAGAUCAGACGCCCAACGACGGCUGCUCUAUCCAACGUUUGACCGUUUGCACUCGCUACAAGCUCCCCGACGAAGAGAGCAACAUGGCUGUGCUGGAAAUUGCUAUGGUCAGCGGCUUCAGACCGGACCGAGCCAGUUUGCAUGACUUGCUCGAUGAGCACGCGACCGGAGUCAAGCGGUUUGAAGAGAACGAUGACACCGUGGCCAUUUAUUUCGAUAAGCUCACGGCUCAGAAGACGUGCAUAUCCUUCCAAGCGAUCCGCGAAAAUGUCGUCGAUCAUGCCGAACCUGCCAACAUCAAGCUCUACGAUUACUACCAGCAAGAGCUUACAGUUUCCACGAGUUACGCUUUCAUGGAUGUAUGCGAGAAGAACAAGACCGAAAAGGCAGUAAUCAAUCACGAGGCUAACAGCCCCGCGCCCAGAAAGAUGCAGCAGCUCGACAAUAGACUGUCCGUUAAUCAACUCCCGGAGAAGAUAGAUGGAAUUUUUGAAAUUGACACGACGAGGGAGAAGAAAGUCGAUCCUUCGAUUUUUAAGCAGCGGUCGUCUGGUGUCACUAUUCCGGCAACCAUCUCUAUAGACCUGGACGAAGGAAGCGGCAUUGAGCCGGACGGUGAACUAUUCUCGCCUAGUCCGAUCCUGCCGAAUAUUGAUCAGGAUGUGGUUGACGAGGGCUUCUCGCCGGCCUUCAUUAACGUCGAUCACGAGCUGGAAACGCCCAAUGGAAUCGAGGGCCCUAUACCUUUCUACGUCGAAGCACCGGUGUCGACUACGACCAAAGAAAGCGUUUUUGCACAGACCCCUCUAAAUGCGAAACCAUCGCUGAAUUUUCACAAUUCUACAAAAGUAGGCCUAAAGACAGAAGAGACAAAAAUGAGUAGAAGCCUGGCUUCCUGCCCGCGAUGCGAGGAGGGUAUUCCAUCGGACAUAAAGGAACUCUACUGCUCUUCAGCAAGUGCCGUUAAAGUGGCCAUUAGGCGAUCGCGAAAAGCCCGCUUGCUUUUAGACUUGAGCUCUUCAAGCGCCUCUACGAGACUUCGCUCGACGAUAGAGCUGAAUAUCAAGCCUGAAUGUCCCUGCGCACCGCUCGAUAAGCCUGGAAUCAUGGCUUUACUGCUGAGUUCAAAGGGCGGUUUUAAUUUUGCCAAGUCAAGUGAUAAAUCCAAAGCUCUACUGGACAGGAGCAACUCUAUGUUUGCUUUGACAUCUGUUAUUGGAACACCACAUGAAAUACAAGAGGCUCAACUAUCGUGUUCACGUAAUCCAUAGUUUUUUAUCCUAGAAUUUAAGAUUUAAACGAACUAGUGAUAUAGUGAUGUAAUCGUUGUACGCUGAUGCGUUAAAGCGUAUUUUUUUAUAAUAAUUUUUUUUAUACGUAGCACUCUGUUAGACUUUAUAAAACUUUUACGAUACUUUGCAUGAAUGCUUUGAAAGAUAGUUAAUGAGGGCAGAAAAUUUGUUAUUACUGAACAGAUUCAGGCAAAAGUAUUUUAGAAAUCGUUUUUUUUUUUUGGUAAACUUAACGAUCUACAUUGGUUGAUAAAGGUUAAUUAACUAAAAGAAAAACUAUAUAUUUUGUAAUCGCAGCGUUGCUAUUUUAUUGUACAAUGACCACAUAGAUAUCCCAAACAUAGUUUUUCAUUUAUUUUUAAAUAAGACAAAGCUUCUUUAAAAAUAGCAUACGAAUUUUGAUUUUUAUUUACAGUUAUAAUAAAUACGUUAAGAAUUUUAGAACUAUGUAUAGUGUUUUUUUAACUAUGCAAUGCGCAAAUGUACGAUACAUUUACAUAAUCGUUGAACAAUGAAGAGGGAUACAGAGAUGGGAAAGACGAGGGUAAAUGUAUGUAUGCAAGAGAAGAGAGAAUGAGGAUGGAAGUGUAAAGAUAAAUAAAGAUGAUAAUAAAAAUCGGCUUAAACGAUCACAAAAGUUUA